AUGACAGAUACUCACCAAGCCGAGAUCGAUGAGAUCCGGCCAUUCGGCAAGGCUCGCUCCACGGUGAAGGGCGAGCCUCUAUCCAAGGAAGAAAUCGAAAAGUAUAAUGACUUUUUCAAGGCCAGCUUAUAUCUUAGUCUUGGCAUGAUCUACCUGAAAGAGAAUCCUCUCCUCCGAGAACCUUUAAAGGUUGAGCAUAUCAAAGGCCGCCAGCUAGGUCACUUCGGAUCUGCCCCUGGCCAAAUUUUCACAUAUAUGCACUUCAACCGAUUGAUCAAGAAGUACGAUCUCGAUGCCCUCUUCGUCUCCGGCCCGGGCCAUGGCGCUCCCGCCGUCAUCUCCCAGGCUUACCUUGAGGGUACUUAUUCUGAAGUAUACCCUCAGAAGUCUGAGGACCCUGCGGGCAUGCAGGUAUUCUUCAAGCAGUUCAGUUUCCCGGGAGGUGUAGGGUCACAUGCCACCCCAGAGACCCCCGGUAGCAUCCACGAAGGUGGCGAGCUUGGUUAUUCCAUCUCCCAUGCCUUUGGUACCGUUUUUGACAAUCCCAAUCUGAUCACCUUAACAAUGGUUGGUGAUGGCGAAGCCGAGACUGGUCCAUUGGCUACGGCCUGGCACAGCACUAAGUUUCUGAACCCCAUCUGCGACGGUGCCGUUCUCCCAGUGCUGCACCUGAAUGGCUACAAGAUUAACAACCCGACUGUGCUUGCUCGUAUCUCACACAAGGAACUUGAGCAACUCUUCUACGGCUACGGCUGGCAUCCAUACUUCGUCGAAGGUGACGAUAUUGAAACGAUGCACCAAGCUAUGGCCGCCACUCUCGAACACUGUGUUCAAGAAAUUCGCAAGUACCAGAAGGAAGCUCGUGACUCUGGAAAGCCCUUCCGCCCACGGUGGCCUAUGAUUGUCCUACGCACACCAAAGGGUUGGACUGCGCCGCGCAAGGUUGAUGGCCACUACCUCAGUGGUUUCUGGCGCUCUCAUCAAGUGCCCAUUACCGGUACUACAACAAACCCAGCAGAUCUCAAGACCCUCGAAGAAUGGAUGCGUGGCUACGAACCCGAGCGCCUCUUCGGCGAAGACGGCAAAAUAUCCCCCGAACUGAAAGCCUUGUGCCCUACCGGCAACAGGCGCAUGAGCGCGAACCCAGUUGCUAACGGUGGACUAUUAUCGAUACCACUCAAGAUGCCCGACUUCAGAGAUUACGCCAUCAAAGUGGACAAGUCUGGCGCCACUGUAGAAGGCAGCAUGGCAAACUUCGCCAAAUUCCUACGUGACAUCAUCAAGAACAACCCUCAUAACUUCCGUCUAAUGGGCCCUGACGAGACCGAAUCCAACAAGCUAGCAGCCGUGUACGAGGCUGGUAAGAAGGUAUGGAUGGGCGAGUAUUUCGAGGAGGAUGAAGAUGGCGGAAAUCUAUCUCCUUUCGGAAGAGUUAUGGAAAUCUUGUCCGAGCAUACUUGCGAAGGAUGGCUCGAAGGCUAUGUCCUGAGUGGCCGACACGGAAUGCUUAACAGCUACGAACCCUUCAUCCAUGUUAUCGACUCCAUGGUAAACCAGCACUGUAAAUGGAUUGAGAAAUGCUUAGAAGUCGAGUGGCGUGUCAAGGUUCCAUCACUAAACAUUCUCUUGACUGCUGUCGUCUGGAGGCAAGACCACAACGGCUUUACCCACCAAGAUCCUGGCUUCCUUGACGUUAUCUGCAACAAGAGCCCGGAAGUAGUCCGCAUCUACCUCCCGCCUGAUGGAAACUGUCUCCUUUCGGUCAUGGACCACUGCUUCCAGUCUCAGAACUACGUGAACGUCGUCGUAGCAGACAAGCAACCUCAUAUCCAAUACCUCACAAUGGAACAGGCAAUCGCGCACUGCACAAAGGGUAUCGGCAUCUGGCCCCAGUUCUCCACCGACGCAGGUGAAGAACCCGACGUCGUCAUGGCCAGCUGCGGUGACGUCUCGACCAACGAGUCGCUAGCCGCCAUCGAUCUCCUACUGCAACACUUCCCCGACCUCAAGAUCCGCUGCGUCAACGUCGUCGAUCUCUUCAAGCUGAUCCACCACACCGACCACCCGCACGGCCUCACAGAUAAAGAAUGGGUCGCCCUAUUCACAGAUAACAAGCCCGUCAUCUUCAACUUCCACUCGUACCCCUGGCUCGUCCACCGUCUAACAUACAAGCGACCGGGCAGCGCAAACAUCCACGUCCGCGGCUACAAGGAGAAGGGCAACAUCGACACCCCGCUCGAGCUCGCCAUCCGCAACCAGACAGACCGUUUCAGUCUAGCCAUGGACGCCAUCGACCGCAUGCCCACCCUCGGCAACCGCGGCGCAGCUGCUCGCGAUGCCCUCAAGAGCCAGCAAGUCUCGGCUUCCAACUAUUCGUUCGAGCACGGCGUCGACCCCCAGUUCCUGAGCGAUUGGUCGUGGCCUCAGGAGGGCGUGAAGGAGAAGCUGCAGAAGCUUAAUAUUGUUAGCUGA